AUGGUCCCCGAGAAGCCCACUGCGCAAUCAAAGAGUGGAAUCGGUGAACCAUUCAGAGCUGGAGAUGCUGCUGGUCUUCAUAUCCCUACUUCUGAGAUCAAUAGCACCUACCUUGACGACACGUUUCCGUCUUUGUUCUCCACGAUGCAUCAGUUCCGAGAGAAUGAUGCCGUGAAGGCGUACCCUAGUGGUGGAAUUGAAAAGUUUGGAGACAUUCGCGCCACCGUACAGCCUGUCUCGAGUGGUUCCAGUGACACUUCCUCCUCGGAUGACUCUCAGCAACUGCAACAUGCAGUCGAGUACUGGAAGGACAUUUUGGCCGAUGGAAAAUUUGUUUCCUACCCUUCACCACCAGCUUCAACCCAGCAACGGAGUUCGUUGUCUGGGUUGGCACCUCAUGCAGUUGAGCAACUGCAGCUGCCUCUUCCCAAACACUCCAAGGUCCCCCCUGCCACUCUCAUGCGAGCAGCAUGGGCUCUCGUCGCUGGCCGAAUGACAGACUCAGAGUCUAUUGUAUUUGGUACCAACGUCCUCGAUGAGCCCAUCCUCUCAGCCGUGCCCUUUCGCGCACACAUUCACGGCCACACUGUCUCGAGUUUCAUCGAGUCAGUACAGAAGCAGGAAGAAGAGGUGAUGGCCUCGCCUCAUCAACUGACUCUUCUGUUUUCCGGCAUGGAACAGGCCUCUACUCUGUUCCAAACUCUUCUCUUGAUACCAAGCGACGAAGAGUACUCCAACAGCCCUCAAGACAGCGGCUGUCGAACCCCAGAACCUUGCGGAUUUGGCCUUGUUCUUGAGAUUGCACACACUCAAGACAGGGCAUCUCUCAAAGUGACGGCUCGUUACCGUUCUGAUACCCUUCAAGCUUUUGAGGUCAAGAGGUUGUUGCACAGGUUUGCAUCUGUCAUGGCACAACUCGACACCGUAAAGCCCGACCAGAGUGUCGAUGAGAUCGACUUCAUGACAGAGCAAGACUUUCAAGACAUUUGGGCCUGGAACUCCAAGGCACCAGCUGCCAUCAAUGGCUUCAUCCACGACAUUGUCAAGGAAAAGGCCUUGAUCCAGCCUUCUUCCACCGCCGUCUAUGCUUGGGACGGCGAGUUCACCUACGCCGAGAUUGACAGGCAUUCUAAUCGUUUGGCUGUGACACUCAUCACUGGCUACGGUGUUCAGCCAGGCACACCCAUUGCUCUGUGCUUUGAAAAGUCCAAGUGGAUGGCUGUCUCGAUGCUAGGUGUCCUCAAAGCUGGAGCGUAUUUUGUCAUGCUCGACGCUGCUUCUGCACCCGAACAGCGGUUACGGACCAUGGUCGAACAAGUCCAGGCCAGGUUGGUUAUCAGCUCUCCUCUGAACCAGGCCUUGAGCUCUCGUAUCUGUGCCGCCGUGGUUACUCUUGACUCUCAAACUCUUCGAGAGUGUAAGUACAACGACGAUGAGAUCGACAGACUUUUGCAUCAACAACUUCUCACAUCUUCUUCCAACGCACUUGCUCAUGUGAUAUUCACAUCCGGCAGCACAGGCACCCCUAAGGCCAUCCCGACUACGCACCAGAGCAUCCGCUCAGCCCUCCACCACCAAGUGGCAGCCAUCCACCUCAACACCAAAUCACGAGUAUACGACUUUUCAUCGUAUAGCUUCGACGCCGCCAUUUUCAACAUAUGGGCCACCUUUUACGCUGGAGGAUGUCUCUGCGUGCCAAGCGAGGCGGACCGCAAGGAUGAUCUUGUUGGUAGCUUUCAAAGACUCGGUGCCAACCACGUGAUCAUGACGCCGUCUGCUGCUCAGCUGCUUGCGUCAGCACCAGAAAAGGUUCCUCAACUGGAGACCAUCAUGCUUGUUGGAGAGCGUCUCACCAUCCAAGAUGUGUUACCCUGGUGGAAUCGUGUUUGUCUCAUCAACUCGUAUGGACCUUGCGAGUGUACUCCCCUCGGCACAUCCAACUUGAACCCGUCCAGUCCCACCGACCUUCUCGACAUUGGAGUGGGACUGGGCCAGGUCACUUGGAUUGUUGACCCAGAUGAUCACAACCGUCUUGUUCCUCCUGGUUUGAUCGGUGAGCUUGUUCUCGAAGGUCCAUCCGUGAGCCAGGGUUACCUCAACGACCCGGAGAGAACGGCGGCUGCUUUUGUCAAAGACCCUGCCUGGCUGGUUGAGAGAGGCCGUCACGGAAAAGUCUACAAGACAGGAGACUUGGUCCAGUACUCCAACGAGCAAGGCCGACUGAAGUACAUCGGCCGAAAGGAUGCCCAAGUCAAGAUCCGCGGACAACGUGUUGAGCUUGGAGAAGUCGAGCAUCGAGUGCAGCAGUGCAUGCCAGACGUGAGCCAGGUAGUUGUUGAGAUGAUCACCCCCAAGAGCGGGAACAACCUUUCGAGUGCCAUGCUUGCGGCGUUUCUGGUUCCCUCUCGAGGCAGUGGAAAGGAGGUUUCUGAACCUCGUAUGGCGCAGUCCAUACCUCAGAUUUACGCUGUCUCGGAGGAGGUACAAUCUGCCUUGAGUAAGGCAUUGCCAAGUUACAUGGUGCCGAGCGUGUUCUUCUCAGUGCGAGAUCUUCCCAAGGCCGCUUCUUCUGGGAAGCUGGACCGAAAGAAAAUUCGAGAGAUGGGUUCCUCGUUCUCGGUCAAGCAACUUGCCGACCUGCGAACGAACGCUCAAGGUCCCAAGCGACAGCCGAGGCCGUUUUCAGUGGAGUAUAGUCUACAAGGCAUCUGGGCCAGCGUGCUCAACAUGGAACGUUCCGACAUUGGAUUGAAUGACAGCUUCUUCCAACUGGGAGGUGAUUCCAUUUCUGCCAUGAAGGUUGUUCGAGAUGCUCGUGAGCAGCUGGAGGUGGAGUUGAGCGUCGCGGACAUUCUGCAGCACCCACGAUUGAGUGAGGCUGCCGCGAUCGUCGCUCGAGGGACCAAAUUAUUCAAGUCGGACGAGGUUCCUGCUGCUUUUUCUUUGCUGCCUGGGAACAACGCGCGCGAAGCAAUCGACCCGGCGUUGAAGAGUCACGGUGUCCAGUCUUUGUCUGUUGAGGAUGCCUUCCCCUGCACGCCACUACAAGAGGGUCUCGUGUUCCUCUCCCUCAAGAGUCCCGGGGACUAUAUCAUGCAGACGACUCUGGAUCUCUCCACUUCUUCCUACUCGAACGCCCACAAGUUCCGUCAAGCAUGGGAACACGUGGUGGCGGAGCAUCCUGCCCUGCGAACUCGGUUUGUCCACAGCGACGGUGAGACUGGACUUGCUCAAGUUGUCCUUCGACCCGAGGCCUUCGCCUGGAACGAGGUCGCCAACUCGUCUUUGAACGAGUAUCUUGAGACAGACCGACGACAGCCCAUGAGUCUGGGUCAGGCCUUUGCUCGCUGUGCUCUUGUUCACGACAAGGGUGCCCCUCGCUGGUUCGUUUGGACGAUGCACCAUGCUCUGUACGAUGGUUGGAGCAUUCGACUGAUCAUGAACGCAUUCCAGCGGGCCUACCGGUCUCUCGAAGCGGGUAGCAACUUAGUGACAGGAACGACAAACGCGUCGUACCCUGCCUUCAUCAAGUACAUCCUCAGCCAAAGCGUCUCUGCCGAUGGUUCCAUGGCAAAGUACUGGAAGAAGACGCUCUCCGACUGCGAAGCGGCUCAAUUCCCGGCAGUUCCUCUCCACGUCCAGAAUCAAGCGCCCGACCAUGACAAGAUCAACACUCUCUUUCAGGAUCUGCCAUCCAUGACGAAGAAGCAAGGCAUAAGUAAUGCAACUCCCUCCACUCUCAUCCGCGCUGCUUGGGCCCUUGUUGUGCGCAGUAUGACGAACUCGGACGACGUGGUCUUUGGAGUCACUGUCUCUGGAAGAAGUGCCCCUGUUGCCGCCAUCGAUGAAGUACCUGGCCCUACCAUGGCCACCGUUCCUUUCCGAUCGAUCCUGGCAAAGAACAUGCUUGUUGGAGACUAUCUGCGAUCUGUUCAGCAGCAGGCCAUCGACAUGAUUCCCUUUGAGCAGAUAGGCUUGCCACGGAUUGCCAAGCUGUCAGCUGACUGCGAACAUGCCUGUCGCUUCCAGACACUACUGGUAGUACAGCCAGAGGAGACGGCCGACAUUCUGUCCGAGUUUGACGACGAGCACGGAGGUCCUGAGAGAUGGUUCAACAACACCUACGCUCUCUUACUCGAAGUCCAACUUGGCGAUAAAAAGGCAAAUAGCAGUGGCGCCGUCAAAGCUCGCUUCGAUUCGAGGAUCAUCCAGGCAAACACUGUCAAGAGCCUCUUGGAACGUUUGAUCUUCGUCAUUGAUCAGCUCAGCGGUGCUGACAACAUGGCUAGAGUUCUGUCCGACAUCGAUGUUGUCACGCCAGUCGAUCUUGAGCAGAUCUGGCAGUGGAACAAGACCGUCCCUGCGACCAUUGACCGCAACGUCCACGACAUGAUCCUAGAGCGCGCUCUGUCUCAGCCAGACAGGCCAGUUGUGCUUGCUUGGGAUGGCGAGCUUACGUACGGAGAGCUUACUCGCCUGUCGUCGACGCUGGCUAGACGGCUCAUCGACCAGUACGGAGUCCGACCUGGAGAUAUCGUUGGUCUUUGCUUCGAAAAGUCGAAAUGGACAUCUGUGGCCAUCCUGGCUGUGCUUCAAGCCGGAGCUGGAUUCGCCAUGCUGGACCCUUUCCUCCCUGAGACGCGUCUCCAGACCAUCGUUGAUCAGGUCAAUGCUCUUGUGGUGGUGUCCUCGCCGAAGCAGAGAGAUUUGAGUCUGCAGCUGGGUUGCGAUCAAGUCCUGCACCUGGCUUCCGAUUUGUUCAGCGAGCCCGAGACGGCCUUGGUCAACGUCAAGACUGAUCCUUCGUCACCCGUCUACAUCAUCUUCACGUCCGGAAGCACAGGAACCCCGAAGGGCUCAAUCAUCAGCCACCGCAGCCUUGCAUCUUCGCUUGUCCACCAACGAGAAGGCUGUGGAUUCAGUCAGUCGUCAAGAGUGUAUGACUUCUCCUCUUACGGCUUCGACGCCCCGCUCUUCCUGGCCUUUCAGACGUUCUCUGCGGGCGGCUGCCUCUGCGUACCUAGUGACGAGGACCGCAAGAGCCGUCUUGCCGAAAGCCUGCGAGAGCUCAAGGCCACCUUUGCGCUCAUCCCACCUUCGGCUUCUCAGCUCGUGUCGCCAGAGCAGGUGCCGGAUCUCAAGACUCUCAUAGUGGGAGGAGAGGCUUCAACAGUCAAGGACCUUGAGCGAUGGUCUUCGGCCGAUCUCAUGCUCAUCAAUGCCUACGGACCUUGUGAGUGUACAGCGGUCAGCAUGAUCAACCCUACCCACACAUCCAACAUGAGCGUCAGAAAGGCCCUUGCUAUUGGAAAAGGACUCGGCCAGGUGACGUGGGUGGUUGAUCCUCAAGAUCACAGUCGUCUCGUCUCUCCCGGUGCUGUCGGAGAGCUCUUGCUUGAGGGUCCUUAUAUCGGUCAAGGAUACUUGAACAACGAGGAAAAGACCAGGGAAGCCUAUGUUAAAGACCCUGCUUGGCUGUUACAGGGCACAGGAAAAGUGCCUGGUCGACGUGGCAGGCUCUACAAGACGGGCGACCUAGUCCAGUACUCUGAGGAUGGAGACGGCAGCUUGAUGUUUGUUGGUCGCAAGGCAGAUGACGCUCAAGUCAAGAUCCGAGGUCAGAGAGCCGAGCUUGGAGAGAUUGAGCUGCGUGUUCAACAGGCUCUGAAGUAUGACAAGACUGUUCAAGAAGUCGUUGUCGAUGUUAUCGUCCCUCAUGGCGAAGGGUCGCGUCCCAUGCUCGUCGCGUUCCUCAAGACGACAGAUGUCAAGGACACUUCUGCAACUCCGGAUCUCUAUCGCGUCUCUUCUGCCUUUGAAGAUGAGCUCGCACAGUCUCUCCCAAGCUACAUGAUUCCCGAGGCCUUCUUCAAGCUCGCCGGCAUCCCCCAAACUGCCACCGGAAAACUGCACAGAAUGAGACUCCGUGCCAUGGGAGCGUCCUACUCUCUUCGACAGUUGGCUGAUCUUCGAACCGAGGCUACUCAAGGCCCCAAGCCGCAGCCAACUUCUGAGCUUGAGGCUGAGAUGCAGCAGAUCUGGGCCCGCGUUCUUUCUUUUGAGCCCGAACGCAUUGGCCUUGAUGAUAGCUUCUUCCGGCUUGGCGGCGACUCUAUCGCGGCUAUGAAGGCUGUGGGAGAAGCUACCAAGGCUUCCAUCAGAGUCACUGUUGCCGAUUUCUUCGAGCAUCGUACGCUUCGAAACAUCUGCAGUCACAGCUAUUACUGCUCCGAGAUGGCUGCCGAGUCUCUGUCUAUUGCUGUUGAGUCGUUCUCUCUUCUCGCCCCAGACAGCAUUGAGACUCGAGAGAAGCUCGUUCAAGGUCUAGCUGCCCAGCUCAGAACCACUACAUCCAGGAUCCAAGACGCCUAUCCCUGCACUCCUCUCCAAGAAGGACUCGUUUCCCUGGCUUCCAAGAGAACGGGAGACUACAUCAUGCAGCAGGUGUUGGAGCUAUCACCAGACAUGCUCAACAACAUCGACACCUUCAAGGACGCCUGGCAAAAAGCUGUUCACGCUGUGCCCGUCUUGCGCACGCGAAUUGUCCAGCACGAAAAGCUUGGUCUUCUUCAAGUCCUUCUCAAUCAUCAAGAUGAAGGCAUUGAAUGGACCGAAGCUAUGGGUCUCGACUGGUACCUCAAGUCUGACAGACAGAAGCCCAUGGGCCUUGGUCAGCCUCUUGCACGAUAUGCUCUGGUCAGAGAUAGGACUGGAAGACCCAAGUGGUUUGUUUGGACCGUUCAUCACGCUCUCUACGAUGGCCUGUCGCUUCCCAUGAUCCUCGAAGAAGUCGAUCGCACCAUGCAGGGCCAGUCUGUAGAACAGGCACGUCCUCAGGCUCAGGCCUUCAUCAAGUACAUCCAGCAGCAUGACUCGAAUGAGCUAAAGUCAUACUGGCAGGCCACGCUUGGGGACAGCGGGGAGUGUGUGUCCUACCCCAGCCUUCCUUCAGGUCUUGAGCGGCCAAUCAUGUCUAACAACCUCAUCGAGCACCAAAUCCCACGUGCUUGGGUGUCUUCAUCGAGCAACGAGACAACCGUAUCGACGAUGCUACGAGCGGCCUGGGGUCUUGUGACAAGUCAAAUGACGGGCUCCGAUGAUGUUGUUUUCGGUGCCACUGUGUCUGGACGCAAUGCCCCUGUGGUCGGUGUCGAGUCAAUGGCCUUCCCGACUAUCGCAACGGUGCCAUUGAGGCUGAAGCUUAAUCGCAAGGAUCAACGCGUUGUUGACUAUCUCGACCAAGUUCAACGACAAGCCACCGAGAUGAUUCCUUACGAGCAAGCUGGUCUGCAGCGAAUCGCACAGCUUGUAUCCCCUGGUGCUCGACAAGCAUGUGCCUUCCAGACUCUCCUUGUUGUCCAGCCCAAGUCCAAGACUGAGAGCACCAAGACAUCCCAACUUGGUGAAUGGACGACUCCUGACCAAACCGAGUGGUUCACCACGUAUCCUCUAACAAUCGAGGCUACCGUGUCACUCAGCCAGAUUGACGUUGACGCCCGCUUUGACUCUCGUGUCGUUGAACCUUGGAUGGUCAAGGGCUUGCUCGAGAGACUUGACUUUGUCAUGCAGCAGCUUGGUCAAGCAGGGCCGGACAUCAACAUGUCAGAUAUUGGCAUCAUGACACCUGGGGGCCUGCAGCAGAUCUGGAAGUGGAACGAGAAGGUUCCCGACCCUGUGGACAGGUCAAUCCAUUCAGUUAUCGAGGAACAGGCACGACUACGACCAGAAGCUGCCGCCAUUUGCGCCUGGGAUGGCAAUCUCACUUAUGCUGAGCUCAACAGCUUUUCUAGCCGUCUGGCCUUCUACUUGAUCGCACUGACUGGGGGAAAGAGUCUGAAGGAGACGUUUGUGCCACUAUGCUUCGACAAGUCCAUGUGGACUCCUGUUGCCAUGCUGGGAGUACUGAAGACAGGCGCAGGCUUUGUCCUCCUCGAUUCAGCACUCCCAGAGCAACGUCUGAGACACAUUGUGGAAAAGGUCGGCGCAGGCCAGCUGAUGCUCUCAUCCGACUCUUGCUCUUCCUUGAGCGGUCGCAUCUCCCAGGGAGUUGUCACCAUCAACUCGGACUUCUUCAAGUUGGCAGCCCAAACCAUCGCACGUCUCCCUGUUGCUUCCGCCGACUCAGCUGCCUAUGUCAUAUUUACUUCUGGCAGCACGGGAACCCCAAAGGGCGUUGUCAUCACGCAUCGAAACCUCGCCUCAGCUCUGCCCUACCAUGUCAAGCGCCUAGGAUAUACUCCCGACUCUCGAGUCUACGAGUUUGCAUCCUACAGCUUCGGAGCGUCGCUCAACAACAUGUUUACAGCCUUGACGACGGGUUCUUGUCUGUGUAUCCCCAGUGACCACGAGAGGAGGAGUCAAUUAGACCGUAGCUUGGUCUCGAUGAAUGCUACGCAUGUCCUUCUCACUCCUUCAGUGGCCGAGUCUCUUGCUCCUCGAAGCGUUUCUGGUCUCAAGUCCAUCAUUUUUGGAGGUGAAGCGGUUCGAAGCCAGGAUGUUGGACCUUGGUGGGAGGCUGGAAUCAAGGUGUGCACUGCUUAUGGCUCCAGCGAGUGCACAACCAUCAGCACCAUCAACGACACUGCCUCGACUCCCGAUGAAGCUACUCGCAUUGGUUGGGGUGUAGGACUUGUUCCUUGGGUCGUGGAUCCUUCUGAUCAUGAGAAGCUUCUCCCGCCGGGAUGCAUUGGAGAGCUGCUGUUGGAAGGCCCUGCUGUUGGACGUGGAUACCUCUCAGACCCUGAGAAGACGGCCGAGGUGUUUAUACAGAGUCCUUCUUGGCUGACUCGGGGCAUCCCUGCUGCCAACAAUGACAACCACUCGCAGAAAGGUAGGUCCGGUCGACUGUACAAGACAGGCGAUCUUGUCCGCUACAACGAGGAUGGAAGUCUAUCCUUCUUCGGCCGCAAAGACUCUCAAGUCAAGAUUCGCGGUCAGCGAGUCGAACUAGGCGAGGUUGAGCACAGAGUCAAGGAGCGUGUGUCGGAAGCCGCUCAAGUUGUCGUCGAGGCCAUCAUUCCGACUGGAAGCGAUAGUGCGCACCAAACACUGGCUGCAUUCCUUGUUAUGAAGGAAGAGACCGAGAGACCAGCGAGUGACGACGACAAGCCAACGAUUAUCCCCAUCUCGGCCGGGGUGGAAGACAUGCUCAGCCAGAAUCUCCCCGUUUACAUGGUUCCUACCGUUUUCUUCUCUAUGAAGAAGCUUCCUAUGACAGCGACUGGCAAAAUGAACCGCAGGGUUCUUCGCCAGAUUGGCAGUUCCUUCUCGGCAAAGCAGUUCGCCGCAGCCAGAAAGACACGGGAGCAAGGGACGCCGUCUCAAGAACAACCAUCGACAAACGCGCAACGAGAGCUUCAACAAAUCUGGUCCAGGAUCCUCGACCUGCCAACUGACCUCAUUGGUCUUGACGAUGGCUUCUUCAGCCUUGGAGGCGACUCUGUUUCUGCGAUGAAGGUCGUCGGCGAGGCUCGAAAGGCUGGUAUUGAGUUGGCUGUUGCCGACAUUUUUACCCAUCGCACACUGAGACUGAUUGCCGACAACUCCAAGUCGAUCAAGCGUGAGGGUGACCAGACUGUCGCGAACAUUAUCCCUCCUUUCUCUCUUAUCGGGAACGAAGUCGACAUUGAGGCUCUCCGUCAGAACAUCUCGACGCAAUGCGACAUCGAUACUUCAAAGGUUCAAGACGCCUACCCUUGCACGCCACUUCAAGAGGGUCUCAUCUCACUUGCUUCGAAGCGACCCGGAGACUACGUCAUGCAAGCCGUGCUUGAGUUGUCUUCUGAAGUGUCCAUCACCAAGUUCCAGGCGGCUUGGGAAGAGACCACCAAGACCAUUGACGUGCUUCGUACAAGGAUUGUUCACUGCCAAGGCUACGAAAAGCUUGGCCUCUUGCAGGUCAUCUUGGACAGUUCGGUCAACUGGAUCAACGCAACCGGACUCGAGUCGUACCUACAGGCCGAUCGCAAGCAGGUCAUGGGCUUGAACGAUCCUCUUGCCAGGUAUGCUCUCGUUUACGAUGGACAGACAGACAGGCCAAGAUGGUUCGUCUGGACGGUGCAUCACGCUAUCUACGAUGGAUGGUCGCUGCCUUUGGUCUUGGACACGGUCGCGAAAGCCUACCAGGGCGAGACAAACGCCGGCUCCCAAUCUUUGACUGGUGCAUCUGGCUUCCAACCAUUCAUCAAGUAUCUCGAGGAGCAACAACGAAACCCUGAAGGAGUCAAGAAGACCGAAGACUAUUGGAAGCGAUACUUUGACUCUUGCGAAGCCACUCAAUUCCCAACCCUUCCUUCGCCCAGCUACGAGCCCACUUCCAACAAGACGACUCUUUAUCGAAUGAAGGUCAACUCUCCUUCAUCCUCGACGUCUCUGAACCUCACUCCAUCGACGAUCAUUCGAGCAGCUUGGGCCUUGGUUGUCGGACAAAUGACAAACACAUCCGACGUCGUCUUUGGCACGACCGUCUCUGGGCGAAACGCGCCUGUUCAAACCAUUGAGAUGAUGCCGGCUCCGACUCUGGCUACCGUCCCACUGCGCGUCAAGUGGACUUCCGGACAGGCCAUCUUGGGGUACCUGGAGACGGUGCAGCGUGAGGCCACCGAGAUGAUAGCCUUUGAACAGACUGGUCUGCAUCGCAUCGCCAAGAUGUCGUCCGAUGCUCGACAGGCUUGCCAGUUCCAAACCCUUCUCGUCAUCCAAUCGCAGGGCCACGACGAGGAUGAAAGCACUGGGAGCCUCGUACAAAAUGAGCUGGGUUCCUCUCCAUUUGGCGAGUGGGUGAACCAGGACCAAAACGAAUGGUUCAACCCGUACGCGCUCAUGAUUGAGGCCCAGCCUGGGUCCCAAGGCGACAGCUUCACUCUCACUGCCAACUAUGAUGAGAAGACGAUCCAAGAGUGGAUUGUUUUGAAGCUUCUCAAGCGACUUGAGCUGGUGAUCCAAGCGUUCAUGGCCGAGUCUUACGGACAGGGUCAGAUGGUCUCCAAGACCAUUGAUGAACUUGGAGGCUCGAUCAUGACCGAAGAUGACCUGGAGCAGAUCUGGACAUGGAAUCAAUCCACCCCAGAAGCGGUCGAUAAGUACGUUCAUGAAAUGGUCGAAGAAAGAGUCCGCGAACAACCCAAUGCUCCCGCCGUCCACGCUUGGGACGGUAGACUCACCUACAAGGAGCUCGAUCAACUUGCAGAGAAGAUGGCUGCCCAGCUUCUCAGCAGUAUCGACACGGGAGCUCGACUGUCAAGUCCCAGGGUGAUUCCGCUCUGCUUCACCAAGUCCAUGUGGACUUCGGUCGCUAUGUAUGGUGUUUUGAAGGCUGGAGGUGCCUUUGUUCUGCUCGAUCCGAUGGUCCCAGAGCAGAGGCUUAAGACCAUUGUGGAACAGGUUGGAGCUGACGUUGUUCUCUCAUCCGAGUCCGAGGCAGAUUUGGCCAAGAGACUCUGCCCUCACGUCAUCCAAGUCGGACUAAGCCUGUCUACCGGCCCAUCUCCCACUACCCAACGACUCAAGGGAAGCCAGCGACACUUGUCCCCUCAUGCCCCCAUGUUUGCCGUCUUCACGUCCGGAAGUACCGGCGUUCCCAAGGGUGUGCUGCUCUCGCACAGGAACUUUGCUUCAGAGAUCAAACACCACUCUCACCUUCUCGGCUUCCACAAGAACUCACGAGUCUUUGACUUUGCCUCUCACGCCUUUGACGCUGCCGUUCAUAACGUGUUCGCAACCUUUGCGAAUGGAGCCUGUCUCUGUGUUCCAUCUGAAAAGGAUCGCAAGAACAACAUUGGCGGAGUCAUGGCGUCUAUGAGGGUCACGGUCGCCGACUUGACGCCUACGGUCGCACGUCUGUUGGACCCGACCACUCUGCCUGACAUUGAGACCAUGAUUCUCGCUGGAGAGGCAGUGUCUGCUGAAGAUGCUGCCAGAUGGUGGAGAGACUCGACUCGAGUCGUCAACGGCUAUGGUCCUUCUGAAUGCACCGUCAUGAGCACCAUCAAUGCCUACCCGACUAGCCCAGAAGAUGCUUCAAGCAUUGGUCUAGGUGCAGGACACACCACUUGGGUCGUCGACCCUAACAACCACAACAUCCUCGUUGCACCUGGAUGCAUCGGCGAGCUUCUUCUCGAGGGUCCUCUCGUUGGUCAAGGAUACCUCAAUGACCCCGCCAAGACGGCUGCUUCCUUCAUCGAAGAUCCUACCUGGCUACUCAAGGGAUCUUCCACCCGUCCCGGGCGCCGAGGACGAUUGUACAAGUCUGGUGAUCUGGUCAAGUACAGAGAAGACGGCAGGUUCUGGUUCAUGGGUCGAAAAGACUCACAGGUCAAGAUCCGUGGUCAACGAAUUGAGCUUGAGGAAGUUGAGCGCCAGGUCCAGGCUUCGUGGUCUGGCGAUGACAUUUCGCAGAUCGCGGCUGAAGUCAUCAAGCCUCAAGGACAAGGAUCGAAGCCAAUGCUAGCUGCAUUCAUUGUGUCCAAGGAUCACCAGUUGAGCGAUGACGGUCCACCUGAGAAGGCUGUUAAGCCUGUUCCAGUUGAUCCAGAGAUUGAAGCGAGACUGGCCGAACGUCUACCUGCGGCCAUGGUUCCAUCAGUCUUUUUCUUCUACAUGCGCAGUCAUCUACCUCAGACGGCAACUGGCAAGACUCAUCGGAAACUCUUGCGGGAAAUUGGAUCUUCGUUCUCUUUCCAGCAUCUGGCUGAAGUUGCCAACCAAGUCCAAGAUGAUGAGAAUGAGACCAAGGCUCGACGUCCGCCAACAACACCACUUGAGUGCCAGAUGCAAGCAAUCUGGGUUCGCAUUUUGGGCAUCAGCCCUGACCGUAUCAGUUUAGACGACAGCUUUAUCCGUCUUGGAGGUGAUUCGAUCGCUGCGAUGAAGGUUGUUGGGGAGGCGCGGAAGCACGGUAGUCUUGACAUCACCGUGGCUGAUCUUCUCCGUCGCCCAAAGCUCUGCGACAUCAUUGCCACCAUGACCAAAAACAAGGCUACCGGAGCUAGCAGAAGGCUUCCUCGGGACGACGACGAACCGAUCCCCCACACCAAGUACGCAGGACCUGUCGAUCAAUCAUACGCUCAAGGUCGUCUCUGGUUCCUCGACCGCUUGUACCCAGGUCUCACUUGGUGUUUGAUGCCGUUCACUGCUCGAUUCCGAGGUAUUCUUCGUCUCGAUGCGCUACACAUUGCACUCCAGGCCGUUGAAAACCGGCAUGAGGCUCUUCGCACUACCUUUAUGUCUCGGGACAACGUGGAUCUGCAAGAGAUCCAUCCUUUCAUCCCUCGAGAGCUCAAAUUGGUUGAGCUUCCAAGGGGAGCCAAGGGUGAAGAGAGUCUUCAACGCGCUCUGUUCAAGGAACGCACCACACCUCUUGAUCUAUCCACGGAGACGGGCUGGAGAGUCACUGUCUAUCGCCUGGGGCCAGAAGAAGAAAACCACCACGUCCUAUCUAUCCUCAUGCACCACAUUAUUUCCGACGGCUGGUCUCUCAACGUUCUCCGUCGAGAGCUCGACAUAUUCUACGCUGCUGCCGUCAAUAGCCUCGAUCCGCUGAGCCAGAUCGAUCCCCUCCCCAUUCAGUACCGUGACUACGCCUCUUGGCAGAAGCAACGCUUCCAUCAAGACGAGUACCAGCGCCAGCUUGAUUACUGGGUCUCUCAGCUUCAAACCAGUCGUCCAGCUGAGUUCCUCUGCGACAAGCCCAGACCUGAUACUCUGUCUGGAGGCGCGGGUGUCCACGAGUUCACCAUCGCGAACACAAUGUACGAUCGCCUACAGAAGUUCUGCGCUGAAGCUGAAGUUACACCUUUUGUCGUGUUGUUGGCAGCCUUUAGAGCAACCCAUUUCCGUCUCACAGGUGUGGACGACGCAACCAUCGGCACAGCAAACGCCAACAGAGACCGAUGGGAAGUCAAAGAACUCAUCGGUUUCUUUGUCAACCUUCAGUGCCUUCGGAUCAAGAUGGAACAAGGUGUCUCCUUUGAAGAUCUCGUGCAGCAGGUUCAAGAGACGGCAGCCGCGUCAUUCGACAACCAGCAUGUGCCCUUCGAGAAGAUUGUCUCUCAACUCAACACCCCAAGAGACUUGUCGCGUCAUCCACUUGUGCAAGUCAUUUUUGCGCUUCACUCUCGAGGAACGUCGGGACCUGUCAAGUUGGGCGACGAUCUUGAGUCGGAGAUGCUAGAUCCCAUCCCGACUUCGCAAUUUGACUUGGAGUUCCACGUCUUUGACGAUGGAGACUGUUUGACCGCCAACGUCGUCUACUCUCAAGAUCUCUUCGAGACGGAAACCAUCAACUCUAUGGUGUCUGUCUUUAACAACCUUCUUGACCGAGCGCUGAGCGAGCCCAAAACGGCCAUCUCGUCGCUGCCAUUGCUCACAGAGGACGGGCGCCUCAAGCUUGAGACUUGGGGCCUCACCAAGAUUGACAGGACCAACUACCCUCGCGACUCAAGCAUCGUCGAUCUAUUCAAGGAACAGGUUUCUCGUCACCCCAACCGUGUGGCUGUCAAGGGCAACUCGUCGUCCCAGCUCACCUACGCCGAGCUCGAUCGCAAAUCUGACACCCUCGCCCGCUGGCUCCUCAAACAACAGCCGGAAUUUGCUCCCGAGUCAAUGAUCGGAGUCAUGGCUCAUCGAUCUUGCGAGGAGAUUAUCGCCCUCUUUGGCAUUCUCAAGGCCAACAUGGCUCAUCUGCCUCUGAACCACAACACACCGACUGGUCGCGUCGAGACGAUCCUUUCGGCCAUCCAGGGCCCAAAGCGACUCCUUCUUCUUGGACAAGAUGUCGCGCCUCCCGCUGUCAACUUGGACAAUAUUGAGAUGGUUCGCAUCGCCGACACUCUUGAGGAAGAAGCACCACGCUCUUGGUGGAAGCGAGCGGUCGUUCAGGCUUUGCCAAGGCCAAAGCCAACAAGCCUUGCCUACGUCCUCUUCACGUCUGGCUCUACCGGCAAACCCAAGGGCGUCAUGGUUGAACAUCGCGGUGUAUCCCGACUCUGCAGGGACAACAACAUCAUCCGUCACCUGCCAUCAUCUGGAGGAUUUGGUCACUUCCUCAACAUUUCUUUCGACGGUUCUUCCCUAGAGGUCUACUUUGCCAUUCUCAACGGCCUCACUCUUGUCUGCGUCGACGAAAUCACCAUCCUCGACGCUAUCGCUUUACAGGGCGUCUUUGAGCGAGAGAACGUCAGAGCAGUCCUGUUCACGCCUGCGCUUCUGAAGCAGAUCCUCCGCGUAAACCCUACCACACUCGGAACGCUGGACUUGCUCUGUGUUGGAGGAGAUCGCCUUGACCCUGCUGAUUGUGUCAAGGCGUACAAGCAUACUGCUCAAGGCGCCAAGGUUCUCAACCUCUACGGCCCAACUGAGAACUCGGUUGUCAGUACCGUGUUCUGCUAUGAAGGACAGGACGAGGGCUUUGCUACUGGAACAGCCCCCAUUGGUGAGCCUAUCAGCAACUCGGGUGCUCUGGUCAUGGACUCUCAGCAGCGUCUUGUACCGCUCGGAGUCAUAGGAGAGAUUGUUGUCACAGGAGAUGGAGUGGCUAGAGGAUACACUGAUCCCUCGAGAGAUGUUGAUCGCUUCAUCAGGUUAGAUGGAGGCAAGGGAGAGCGAGCAUACCGAACUGGGGACUACGCUCGCUGGAGACCAGUGGAUGGUAAGAUCGAGUUCAUGGGACGUAUGGACGUGCAAGUCAAAAUACGAGGCCAUCGCGUGGAACUUGGUGAGAUUGAACACGCCAUCCGUGGACAUGAAGCUGUCCACGAUGUCGUUGUCCUGGCAUAUCGGGAUGAGAAGGAUGGUGGUGAGCCUCGGCUGGUGGGCUUUGUCACUCUGCAUGAUACUUCGAAGGAGGAUGUAGAAGUGAAGGAAGUCGAGCACAAGGAUGGAGAAGGGGAGACGAAGCAGCAUGUCCACCAAGAGCUGGAAGCGAGACUACGUGCCAACCUUCCCACCUACAUGAUCCCCCAGACCAUCACCAUUCUCGAACGGAUGCCUCUCAACGCCAGUGGCAAGGUCGACCGAGUUGCCUUGUCGCUCACCAUCACCCCCAAGACAAAGGCUCGCGCAGCCGGGGUAGCCCUUCGGAAACCAACCACGGAUAUGGAAGUCGCCCUGCGAAAGAUCUGGGCCCAAGUUUUGGACCUCGACCCCGAGACCAUCGGCCUGGAUGACAACUUUUUCGACAUUGGUGGUCACUCUAUCCUGGCAAUGAGAGCAGUCAGCGAGGCGAGAAAGGUCGACAUCGAGUUGACUGUCGCGGAUAUCUUCCGGAGCAAGUGUCUUGAGGCCUUGGCUCGACGACAGGAGGAGAUUGUUGGUGGGCCAAAUACGGAGGAGGAAGAGGAAGUCGAGCUUAUCGACUCAAACACCAAGGCUGCUCUUCUCAAGGACCUCGACUCGCUCAAGGCAACCAUUCAUUCUACUCAAGUGGAGGACAUGUUGCCUCUCACGAGCAUGCAAGAACACUACGUCACGACCGGAGUCGCCUCUGGAGAAUACGCCCACUACUUCUACCUUGAUCUCGGAGCCAACCCCGACGUCUCUCGCAUUGAGAAGGCCUGCCGUCUGACACUCGCGAAGAUCCCCAUUCUCAGAGCCAGCUUCAUGCGUCUCCUUGGACAGCAUUGGCAGGUCAUCCCUCGCGAUGUGCCAGCUCGUUUACAGACGGUCAAUACCAUCCAUGUCAAUGGAGACUUGGAUCGAGCUGCCGACGAUUUCUGUCUGCGCAACUGGGACAACAUCUCUGCAGCCGAGCCCCCAGCCUUGUUCACCCUCCUCAAACACCGAACUCAAGGCACGCGACUCGUUAUCCGUCUUUCUCACGCCCAAUACGAUGGUGUCUGCUUCCCUCCCAUCGUUCGGGCCAUUAUCGAGGGAUACACCACUGGAGACGUGACGCCUCUUCCCAGCUUCACCAAGUUUCUCUCUGGUGCGGCUCGUCAGCGACCGCAGUCCCUUGAGUAUUGGAGCCGCUUGCUUCGAGGAUCAUCUCUGACCACUAUUCUACCGAGACUGAGGCUUUCCAACUCGAGUCGCGCUCUCACACCACCUCGACCCAUCGCAGCUGAGUUAGACGUUGCCUUGCCCCAGCGUCUCCCAAGCUCCAUCACUCCAGCCAUCGUCGCGAGCGCGGCUUGGUCAAUUCUCCUGUCUCAAAUCUCAGGCAAGCAAGACGUUGUCUUUGGCCACGUUGUCGCCGGUCGCAACUCGAGCAUCUCUCGAAUCGACGAGAUUGUCGGGCCCUGUCUCAACCUCGUACCCGUCCGAGCCACUCUCACCGAGUCCCUCACAGCGACCGAGCUCCUCCAAUCCCUUCAAACUCAAUUCUUCACCAUGGGAAGCGCGGACUCCGUGGGCUUCAAAGACAUCAUGCACGAAUCAAGCAACUGGCCAUCAAACUCCGACUUUGAGUCGGUGCUACACCACGCCAACGUCGACGAACAUCCCGAGUUUGACUUUGACGGCAUAAAGAUGAAGCUUCACUUCUUCACCAACCCGCGGCUGAUCGUUUCGCGGUUGGCGUUAGCUUCGUACCCGACCAAGGGAGGCGAAUGUCUGCAGUUCCGACUCACGGCUAGUACGGACAAGUUGAGUGAUGUUCAGGCUAAGAUGUUGCUUGACGCGCUUUGCAAGAUUAUUCGUGGAUUUGGGGAGAGUGCGAAUGUUCCUGUUUUGUCAUGGAUUGGCCAAGUCGGUCUCAGACUUUCAUUUACUCUCAUGGACUAUUCUUCUUUUCCCUUGUGA